AUGCCAAUAGAAAAAAAAAGUGAUUUUAUCUCACAGUUUUAUCUCAGCAAUUGAUUCCAACUACAUUAAUAAAAUUCCAACGAGAAAUCACAGUUUCAGUUAGCUUUUCACACCAUUUUCCCUAAAUAAAUAUUUUUUUUGACAAAAGUUCGUAAAUCCAAAUUCUGGAAUUUUUGUCGAAAUCUACCUCAACUUCGCCGAUAUGCCACCAGCUGAUGGAGAUUCUGAAACAUCUCGUCUUGUUUCGUCGAGCUCUGCACAGAAACCUAGCUACCUUAACCUUAUCAGUAAUUUGUGUGGCUUGAUUAUUCUCGGAAUAAUAACUUAUUGUUGUUUCAAAAAGGAAGUCACCCUAUUUUCAUUCCAUCCCACGUUGAUGACGUUGGGGUGGAUAUUCCUUAUGACUACAGCUGUAAAUGCUAUUACUCCAGGAGAUUUAGCAACAGAGUGGAUGCCUAUACGUCUUCGAAGCGCACGUCACUGGGUAUUACAAGCCAUUGGAGGUAUUAUUAUCACUAUUGGAUUUUUAGUUAUACUUAUACAUAAAAUUAAAAUUGAUAAACCUCACUUCACCUCUUUACAUGGAAAAUUUGGUUUGGCAUCUUUGAUAUUCAUGAUGGCUACCAUGCUCGGAGGAAUUGGUGCUUUAUACAGUCUUAAACUCAAAUAUUACCUUGCCCCAAUUUACACUAAAGUUUUGCAUGCUUCUAUUGGACUUGUAACUUUUACUUUGGGAAUAGUUACAAUUUGUUUAGGCUUAUUUUCUGAUUGGUGGAUGAAAGUUGGCGACAAUAUAUCAAAAUAUGUCGCUUUGUGCUUAGUUUUGUUGGUUAUGUUAUUUACUAUAUUGAGACCCUCCCUAAAAAUAUUUUUUCGUGUUAAGGAAAGGCUUAAUGUUAAUUAAAUGGCAUACAAAAUAGUUCUCAAGUAUUUAUAUCUAUCAAACUAUAAAUGAUUACGUUAUAAAAUAUUAUUUCCUGUUGUUUUGGUAUGUUUUAAAGCAAAGCUUAAAGAUUAUUGUGAUAAUUUUUGUUGUAGUUUGUAAGGAUGUAUUUUUUUCAAUUUACUUUUGUACCUAAUAAGAAACACGUAAAAGUUGUUAAAUUGACAACAAUAAUAAUUAUUGUCACUGCAAUGGCUGUCUCCAUCGUCUCAUUUUAGGCCGAGCAUGCGGGUUGAAAAGACCCAGAUUUUGAAUGUAUUGUUUUGAAUAACUGAAUGGAAUUUUGGGUUUAUGUAAAACAAACAAAAAAAAAACAAUCACAAAAAUC